GAAUGCAGUCCCUUCUCGACGGUCCCGACAGUCGUACGCGUGACGCCGCCGCCGCGUGUUGGUCGUUCGUCAUCUCGUCAAAGCCGCGCAGGCCGUCGAUCUCGUGCGUAAGAUUUUCCGAUAUUAUUUUUUCGUCGCGAUUAUUUUUUUUUUCCGUUUUCGAUUCGUUUUUUUUUUCUUUAUGUUUUUUUAAUAGUUUUUCGAUUUUAUUUUGCACUCGAUUCUAUUCUUAUUUGCUCUCCCGACGAUAACCGUCGCGUGUAGUAUGUCGAUCGCCGACGGCCGUCAGACCGACCGAGAAAACUUUUUACAGUCCCUUCUGCAGCUGUCUCGGUAGACUUUUUCGCGCACCUAUACGUCGUACGCUCGUCUCGCGCCGCUGCUGUUGCUGCUAUACUAUUGCCGCUAAGCAAAUCCACCGACGUUUGAACGUCAACCAAAUGAACGAGUAUGACGAAUCGACUGGAGAUUUUUGUCAUGUGCAUGACCCUAGUGAUGGUCUCUGUCGGUCGGGCUUCGUCAAACGAACAAUCUUUCGUCGUCGAACCCGAAGAUCAGAGCGCGGUGGUGGACUCGACGGUUUCACUGCCAUGUAUUGUCGCCGGUCUUGCCGGCCAGCUGCAAUGGACUAAAGACGAUUUUGCGCUGGGCACCAACAGGAAUCUAUCGUAUCACGGUUACCCGAGAUACGCCAUGACCGGCAGCGACGCGAACGGCGAAUACAAUUUGAAACUGAAUCCCGUGACUCUGGACGAUGACGGGGUGUACCAGUGCCAGGUGGGCACAGGCAAGCGGGAUGAACCAGCCAUCAGGUCCAGAAAAGCGACGCUGACUGUUUUGGUGCCACCGAAUCGUCCACGGAUCGUACAGGGUGAUAAAAUCUAUACCACGGAAAACUCACCGAUCGAACUGGAGUGCAUAUCCGAAGGUGGAAAACCGCAGGCAGAGAUCACGUGGACUGACGGUUCCGGAAAUGUGUUCGAAGACGGUGUUGAAACGUUCAUUGAGGCCAUGGCGGCUGAGAGCAAACGGUUUACCACCAAAUCCAUUCUGAAAAUCAUACCGAAAAUGGAACACCACAACACGUCGAUAUGGUGUCAGGCGCACAACUCGGCUGUUGACAAAAAGUUACAAACAAAAAUCCAUUUGUACGUCAAAUUCGCCCCGAAGAUAACGCUGACGAUUGCCGGGCCAACAAGGAAGCUGGUCGAAGGGUCGGACGUGCAGUUCUUGUGCCUGACGAAAGCCAACCCACCGGAUGUAUCCUACCGGUGGUUCGUCAACGAUCAGUUUGCACUGAGUGAAUUGACAUCCGAAUUAUGGCUGUUCAACAUAACCAGAAGGCUGCACAAUUCGUUGGUCAGGUGUGAGGCACAAAACUCCGUGGAGAAAACAGAGGAAUCUAAAGCAUUAAACAUAUUGUAUAAACCCCAGUUCAAGAAUCGACCAAAAAACGUCCAAGCGGAUUCCGGAAGUUAUGUAACAAUUAUAUGUGACGUGGACAGCAAUCCACCACCAAACAUCGAGUGGACGUUCGAGAAAACAAAAAAAGUGAUGAGCUCGACUAGCAACUUGACGGUGCUCGUGUCAAAUGCGACCAUCGGUCGGUACCACUGCAAGGCCACCACGCCAGGGUUUGGCGAAGUGAACGCCGAGGCCUCGGUGUCCAUGAGGGGCAAGCCGGCCAUCGACAGCCCACGUGUCCAGUACGGCACGCCAUCCGAAACAGUCCGGCUCGAGUGCGUCGCCUCGUCCGUGCCGGUCGCCGACCGAAUAGUUUGGACCUAUCACGGCACCGUCAUCGGCACCAGGAACGAUCAAAACUAUUAUUCGGUACUGGAAGACCCGACGGAAGAUGGUGUGAAGAGCACGCUGAUCAUCAGGAACUCGAGACAGGAACAGUUCGGUGCCUAUAAUUGUACAGCUUCCAACGACUAUGGGUCCGACUCGAUCGUCAUCGUGCUGGUGCCAAAAAAAGACUUUAUGCUAAUCUUGGCAAUCAUUGGUGCUGUGGGCGGAAUCAUAGUCAUGAUUAUGAUUUUCUCCGUCAUCGGGUUUUGUCGACGUUCGACAUCUCAGAAAAAGAAGAAAGCCAAAUCUGAUUUUGGCGCCGAGUCGGACAUGGACAAUAAGCAGAGCGCUGCGGCCAGAGAAUCGGACGCGUCGUCCAACGUGUCUGACAUAAAAAUGGAGACAGGAACAGGGUCAUCGCUGAGCAACUACCGGUACAAGAUCGACUACGGUGCGGACUCUUUGACGGUUACUACGACCGCGACCGCGGUAGACGACCAGAACCCGCGGUCCACCACCCCGAAGAGCGGCGGCGGCAGCCAAACUACCCUGUCCCGCGGCAUACCCCUGGCCGGCCCCGUCCCAGUAGAUCCCAGAUACGCCACGGCCGGCAGUUACCUGGGGCACGCGCACCAACACAACGUCAUGCACCACCCGCUGGCCAACGGUUCCGUCAUCAGCGAUUACGCGGACCCGCUCAACUACGUCAGAUACGCCAACAACCAUCACACCGACCGACCGACCAGCAGCAACAACGGUUACAUAGCGGCCGACCGGCUGUACGACCUGAACCCAAUGCCGCCGCCGCAGACCGUCAUCGCCCUGUCGUCGUCGUCGUCGUCGUCGCCGUCGCCCAAACCGGCGUCCGCGGCCACGGCCGGCGACCCGGCCACGCUGCUCCAGUACUCGGCCACGUACGGCAACCCUUACCUGCGGCCCACGUCGGCGCAGUGGCCGGCGCAACCGCCGCGGCCGCUGCACCAGAAGUACGACGCGUACGGCCGGCCCGAACCGCCGCCGUACAGUGCGGUCGGCAAGGGCAAGCGGAAAACGGCUGCCCCGUCGGCCGCCGCAGUGCCCGUCGGGCCCAACUAUCACAUCGGCGUGGCCAAGCGGCAGACGCUGGCCACGCACGUCUGAACGGCCCGGUCGACGACCAGGCGCGCAACAAAGGCUGAUGAACUAUUUAUAUAUUAUUAUAUAUUAUCAUAUAUUGUAAGGUUAUAUAUAGCGCUGUGCGUAUGACCGCGUCGUUGUAUAAACGGUGUACCGUCGCCGUGUGUAGUAAAAAUUAUAUUUUAUCUAUAUAUAUAUAUAGUGAUUGUCUAUAUUUUAAACUCUUCGGACACCUCCCCCCGAGCUUUGAGGACUUUUCGAACGAUGUCGAACGGUUCGAGUGUACGCGGGAGGUUGAUUUUGAUUUUGAUUUUGAUUUUUUUUUUUUUUUUUAUAUAAGUGUUCUUUUUCUACUAUUAUCGCGUGUUUUACAAAUUGUUACGGUUAAGUCGACUAAUUGAUCCAAAUUUCAAACUCCGCAGUUCUAAACGAGUAAAAACAAGUUCCACAAAACACUCCUAAAUUAGGACAACUAUAUAGGCGAUGUACUUAUUAUUGUACACGAUUGAUAAUAUUAUAAGUUAAAUAAAGCCAUCUGGCACCCCGGGGAUGAACCAUGAGGACCAUCCCUAUCAAUAUCGAGCCUAAAAAUUGUUUUCAAAAGUUAUUGUUAUUUGUUAUUUUAACUUCUUAAUAAUUACUACACUCAAGUAGGUACGAAUUGUUUUAAUCGUCGGAAACGCUUAUUACUGAGAAUUAGCAGUUUUAUAAAUCGUUGGAUGUAAUAAUAGGUACUGCAGUUAUUUUCUCUCUAUCGUCGGAUGCAUAACUUCUUAUUGUAACGUAUAAUAUUAACUAAAUGUUUAGAGACUUUUUUAAUAUGAUACAAAUUCGUUGUAAAUCAUCACAAUAAUAUAUCAACAAAGACCGUUAUUUAGCUAAUAUCGAAAACCCACCCAUGCGCAUAGGUGAUUUGACCUUUUUGUGCAUUUUAACUAAAAUAACUACAUACCAAUUACUUUAAUUACCUUAUUUAAACCGGCGGAGUCAUGCAAUUUCAAUAUAUUUUGGUUCAGUCAAUGAUGAGUGCCGUUCGACGGUCCUCUUUAUUCCAUCGUCGAUGAUAAACACAUUUUUAUUGUAAAUCGGAAAAAAUGUUAAUCCUUAUCGCCACUGUUUACAGAAGUGGUUCGUCCUGAUCACAGGUUUACCACCAAAUCUUUCAGCACUCGAAAUGAAUUAAUCGAUUUAUACUUUGUUAAUAAAAUCGUUAAAUAAUAAUAAGUAAAAUUUUAGAGUUUAAUGUUGUUCUAUAUGUAUGUCUUUUUUUUCUUUUUUACUUUUCUACGAUUACACUUCGAGUCUUCGACUUUGUAUUACACUGGUCCCCACAGUACCUACUUUGAACCUAACCUGUACCGACUAUUAAGUUACGUUCCGUUAAGUCUAGAGACAUCGAUCGCUCUGUUGCAGUACAAUCGUCAUCUCCAAGUCGUGUGUUGUUCGAUUUUCUACUGCAUAUAAUAUUAUUCAGAGAGGUACUAUUUCGCCGAAUUUUCCGUCACUUUUGCAUCCCGACCCCGUGGCCACUUGCCGUCAAAUGCUUAAUAAUACUCAUUGUUUUUAUACCGGUUCGACUGUACGUAAAACUUAAAAUUAUAAUGUAUAUUAUAUUGUGUUAUGCUCGCGGGCAAUCUGUUUGCGCGCAAUCCUAUCAGAUGAAAAUAAAAAAUUCAAUAAUACAAAUGACGAUAUCGAUGGCUUGAAAUGCUGCACAAAUGCACACUACUACAAUAAUACAAAUGUCUACUUUUUACCCGAAAUUCAAUAUUAAAGUACCGUUAAAUAAAGUAUAUACAGCGUGCAGCUUAUAAUAAUAUUGAAGUCUGUUUGUUUUUGAAUUUACUAUAAUAUGUACCCUUGUGUUUUUUGUCAUACUUAUUAUAAUUAGGUAAAAGAUUAGAACUAUAAUAAUGUGGUACCUAUUUUUUGAGACAAUUUUUUACGAGUAUACUAACACACUGAUAAUAAAAAAACAAAAUUUUCCUACAAUAAAAUAAUUUAUAUACUAUUAACUGAUUUCGUGUCCAAUUACGUUUAAUCAUGUAACUAUAUAAUAUUACAUAGAAUUAAGAAAAACAGUGUAUAUAAUACUUAGCGAUAUAACUCUUGUUAGUUGUUCAUAAUAAUAUAUACUUUGGUGUAAACAGGAAGUCGCACACAAUUGUUUUCGUCACUUUGUCUUGUCUGUGAUUAGAUACAUAUUAUUAUUAUUAUUAUAUGGUUAAAGUAGAAAUUGAGUAAUAAUUUAUCGUUUUUAAUACGUUGGUAAUAAACCAUGAAGACGAUAAAACUUGACUCAUUGAUUUCAAACGUUUUGUGACUUGUGCGAUGAAAUAAUAAUAUUACGUGUGCGCUUUAAUGAUAGCCAUCGGUACAGUGUUUGCCAAAACUCACCACUUUUGCAGAGCAAUUGUGCUCUGAUUCCGAUAAGACAAUCUCCCUCACUACCCCCCCCCCCCCACAAACGGGUGACGUUUAUUUUCGUCUUCGAAUUUUAGAUAAUUUCGUUUUCGUCCUAAACAUUUUUUUAUAUCUUUUAAAUGGGGCGGACGUGCUAUUACAAUAUUAUAAAUUAUAAUAUACUGCAAAUAGUAAUACGAGGCUGCCCUGUACAGGUGAACAAUACAAUAUUAAUAAAUUAUUAUUAUUAUCAUAAAUAAAACUAUAUACAUUUAUAUGUUGCGUUAUUAAAUUAUAAAUUAUAAUAUAUAUAUUUAUGUAUAUUAUUUAGUACCUAAUAUGAUUAUAUGAAUGUGUUAGCCUAUAAGAUAAAUAUAUUAUGAUCUGUAUUAUUUAAUUAUUAUAUGUGUAUAAGUGUUUAUGUUCCAAACAGAUAUGAUCUAUAUAUUAUAAAAAAUACAUAUAUAAUUAGAGGUAUAUAUUAUACUAUAUAAAUUAUAAACAAUUGCAUUACUAUUACUAUUAUAUUAUUAUUUACCUAUGUUUUGAUAGAUAAGUAUUAAAUAUUAUUAUUAUUUUUUUUCUUUUUUGUUAUUUUGAUCGUUAUGUUAAACUUAUCAUAUAUUAUAAUAUAUUAUGAUAAAAAUAUUAAUCUGUGUAUCGUUUACAAAUACGAAACGAUUUAUUUUAUAAUUAUAUAGACAAAUGUGUACUUAGUUUUUUUCAUUUAUUAUUAUUAUUAUUAUUAUUAUAAUUUUUUUUUUCUUAAAAAUAACUAUACAAAAAAUCAUUAUGUAAAUAUUAUGACGUUAAUAUCAUAUAUAUGUAUACCUAUACUUAUUAUUUCAACUUGUAUUAUAAUAAUAUUGCAUCAUACGCCAUUAUUGUGUAAAAAUCUACCUUACCUAUAAGUGUGUGAAUAUCAGAAUUUAUAAAAUCAUCAAAAAAUUUUCGAAAUGUAUAUUUUAUUUCUAUUUUUUAAUUACACAUGGUGAUACUAUAAAUCAUCUGUAUGUACAAGUUGAUUUCUUAAAAGGACUCGCUCGAAUGUACCCGAAAAUUAUUAACGUUUUUGGAAAUAUUUUUUUCUUUCAUCAUAAUCAAAAGUCAUUAUAAAACCAAAUUUAAGCAAAACAUGAGUUUUAAACUUUAUCGAAUGACGCAGCAUUAUAGGUACAUUUUUAAUUUCAUAAUAUUAUUCUGCGAAUACUUUUUCGAGGAUUUCGGUGUGCAAAAAAUUCGAAUUUUAAACGAGUAUAAUUACUUAUAAUUAUAAGUAUUUUAAGUUUUGAUAAAUAGAGCGGGGUGGCACACAAAACACAGAGUACAGAAGUACUCUUCCAAAUGUUAAUCUACUAUAUACUCUUAUAGAAAUAUUUAUUUAAUUUUUUCCAAUUAGUCGAAAAAAUGUUUCCAUAAACGUUGAUAAGGGUAUUCAUAUUUACCUUUUUGAGAAAUCAGUGUAUAUACCUUUAAAAAAACCACCCUAUACCAUAAUACCUACUGUUAAAAAAUAUUGUAAGUAUAUUGUGGUUCCUUGAUGUUUAUUAUUUAUAAUAUAAUAUAUGUGUUAAUAUAUGUAUUACCUAUAUAUUGUACAAAAGUGAGAAAAUAUAAAAAAUAUAUCAUCAUAUUGUAA